GCCGUAUCGUGUGAGGAGGAGAAGAAGAGGGGAGAGAGAAAAAAAUAACGUGUUUUUUUUUGCGGCCAGAAGGGAGGCUAUCCGGUGAUGGAUUGUGGAUGCAAAGAACUUCGACAGACAAGCAGAUAUUUUUCGAAUCGCUUCUGAAGCUGCAUCUUUCUGCACAAGGACGCCGGUGAAGGAUGAUUCUUGGAACCAGCGGCGACAGGAGCGCGAGCGGGGAUGGUGUGAUAUGUCCAUAGACGGCGAGGGAGGGAGGGGAGAGUGCACGGGAAAGAAAGAGGGAGGGAGGAGAGUACUACGCCAGCUAAAUAUGCUUUUUUUUUUUUUUUUUUGUAGAACCACGAUGUAUUACAACCAUCCAAUCGAGCGUUUCACAUAAAUAGAGAAAACGAUUAUUUCUCGAAAGAAAAAUAACAUUUUGGUCCGAACAGAAACGCAAAGUGAAAUUGUUGACAGACGUUGACUGGGGGAAUACAGAUUGAGGGAAGUCUAGGCUAGUCCGAACGGGUGCGGAUAGCAGGGCGGCUGUUUUGACGCUCUGUUACCCUCUAUUUCCUGAUACCAGGCCCUGGGAUAAUCCGAAGAGUGCACCGGAUAUUGGGAAAACCACCCCUUUGAGGCUAUAACGGAAAAUUACUAUUCAUAUAGCCUGAAGGACGGAGCAGAGAUAGUCUACAUACCAAAAUGAGACAAAAAGAGGUGGAGGAAGACACAAAUAUGUUACGAUGAUAAGAUUCUUUACAAAUGUCGUUAUUAUGUUAUUAUAAGGAUCACUUAUGACAGCAUCGGGUGUAGGCUAUGAGGUGCAGAAUUGUGUGCAAUCUAGCCGUUAAAUUGAGCCUAUCUGAUGAAAUAGUUUUUGAUAGGCUAUUCCAGCUGCUUACAUCUAUCUGUCUAUACCAAUAUGAACAAUAGGACACAUUUAUUACGUCUAUUGUUAAUAAUAAUUGUAAUUCAUAAUAACUUCCGUUAUUUUGGACUUCUCAAAUAUGCACCUGUCAAAAUCUCCGUACGAGUUUCCCUCUUCCACUUUCUAACGUCCCCUUGUUUCAUUCCUGUUUAGUCAAUUCACGGUCGUUGAUAAUAAACUGAGUUUACCGAAUUUAUAUGACGGAAAAUGUAUGCAAUAGCCGCAUAGAAAAGGGCAAGUGCACGGGAGUAGCCCUGCCGAGACUAUAGGCCACGAUAUUGUCAUCACGACUACAACCGCUCUCUCCAUUCCUCCCUGUGACAACAUCGCUAGGCGUCUGUAAUGUUAUUACCGCGGAGCCGUUCUGAUGCCAGGACCGACAGCUAUACAUUCCUCCUGAAAAAAACUGCGAGUUGAUCUCCUUAUCAUCAUAUCAUUUCGCUUUCAACGCACGGAUAUCAUGACAAGCAAGGAGCUGUCCGUAGGCCAGUCGGCCCAAUACGUCGGGCCUUACCGGUUGGAGAAAACCCUUGGGAAGGGGCAGACGGGUUUGGUGAAGCUGGGAGUCCACUGUAUCACGGGACAGAAGGUGGCCAUAAAGAUUGUGAACCGAGAGAAGCUGUCCGAGUCUGUCCUCAUGAAGGUGGAGAGGGAGAUAGCUAUACUAAAACUAAUAGAGCACCCUCAUGUGCUGAAGCUGCAUGAUGUUUAUGAGAAUAACAAAUACCUGUAUCUGGUGUUGGAGCAUGUCUCAGGAGGAGAGUUAUUUGACUACCUGGUGAAGAAGGGCAGACUGACGCCUAAAGAGGCCAGGAAGUUCUUCAGACAGAUCAUCUCAGCGCUGGACUUCUGCCACAGUCACUCUAUAUGUCAUAGAGACCUGAAGCCUGAGAACCUGCUCCUGGAUGAGAAGAACAACAUCCGCAUCGCUGACUUCGGCAUGGCUUCCCUACAGGUGGGAGACAGCCUGCUAGAGACCAGCUGUGGAUCUCCUCACUACGCGUGUCCAGAAGUUAUCCGAGGGGAGAAGUAUGACGGUCGCAGGGCAGAUGUGUGGAGCUGUGGAGUCAUCCUCUUUGCACUGCUGGUGGGAGCUCUACCCUUUGACCAUGACAACCUGCGCCAGCUCCUUGAGAAGGUGAAGAGUGGGGUGUUCCACAUGCCCCACUUCAUCCCCCCAGACUGCCAGGCCCUGCUCAAAGGAAUGAUCCAGGUCAACCCUGACAAGAGACUCACGCUAGAAGCCAUACAAAAACACUCCUGGUAUCUCGGUGGUCGUAACGAGCCGUGCCCGGAGCAGCCACCUCCCAGGCGUGUGUGUGUGAAGAGGAUCGUGUCGCUGACCGAGCUGGACCCUGAUGUGCUGGACAGCAUGCACUCGCUGGGCUGCUUCAGAGACCGGGGGAAACUGACCCAGGACCUGCAGUGUGAGGAAGACAACCAGGAGAAGAUGAUCUACUACCUCCUCUUGGACAGGAAAGAGCGUUACCCCAGCUGUGAGGAUGAAGACCUGCCGCCCAGGAACGAUAUAGGUCUCCCAGCAGAUCCCCCUAGGAAGCGGGUGGACUCUCCCAUGCUGACCCGUCAUGGCCGGUGCCGGCCGGAGAGGAAGAGCCUGGAGGUGCUGAGUGUGACGGAGCAGGGCUCCCCAACACCCACGCGCAGGGCGCUGGACACCUCCGCACACAGCCAGAGGUCUCGUUCAGUCAGUGGCGCUUCAACAGGGCUCUCGUCAAGUCCUCUCAGCAGUCCCAGGAGCCCAGUUUUCACUUUCAGCCAAUCAGAAGUCACCUCCGCCUCCACCACCCACUCCAAAGACCCCAAACCAGGAAGUGCCACCACUCCCCGGCCGUCACAACGGAUGACUGUGCCCGACCCCAAAACCCAGACCCUGCCCUCCAAAGGGCUCUCCGAUCGCACUCACCUCCAGUCCAUGAAGUCACUACCUCUCCAAGCUCCCCCCUCUGCGUCCCCCUCCCCCAUCCUCUCCCCCAUCCCUCGCUUCUUCUUUUUCCCCGCCCCCUCCGUAUUUAAGUCGGUCACUAAGAGCGUCUAUCCUAACUCUGCCCCUGUGCCACAGGUCACCCCUCAGGGGUCUCCACUCCCCACCCCCCUGGGCACCCCCGUCCACCACCCCCAGCACCCCCCGCCCACCCCUCCCUCCUCCUCCUCUUCCUCCUCCUCCUCGCGGGCGGAGGGCGGGGGCGGGGGUGGAUCCCUCUCCCUAACUCCACCUUCCAGCCCCGGAGGCAGCGGGGGGAUGGCCGCCAGUAGCUCCGCCCACUGGAGGACACGCCUCAACUCCUUCAAGAACAACCUGCUGGGUUCGCCACGCUUCCACCGACGCAAACUGCAGGUUCCAACACCGGAGGACAUGUCCAGUCUAACUCCAGAAUCAAGCCCAGAGCUGGCCAAGAAGUCGUGGUUUGGGAACUUCAUCAGCCUGGAAAAGGAGGAACAGAUAUUUGUUGUCAUUAGAGACAAACCGCUUAGUUCCAUCAAAGCUGAUAUAGUCCACGCCUUCUUGUCUAUCCCGUCUCUGAGUCACAGCGUCAUCUCUCAGACCAGCUUCAGAGCUGAGUAUAAGUCCUCUGGUGGCCCCUCCGUCUUCCAGAAGCCUGUUAAGUUCCAGGUGGACAUCGCCUUCUCUGAGGGAGAGAGGGAGAGAGAGAGGGAGCGUGCCGAGAGGGAAGGAAAGAGGGAAACUGGCAUCUACAGCGUGACGUUCACUCUCAUAUCAGGUCCAAGUCGCAGGUUCAAGAGAGUGGUGGAAACGAUUCAAGCCCAGCUACUUAGUACUCAUGAUCAGCCAUCUGUGCAGGCACUGGCUGAUGAGAAGAAUGGGCAGCUGACCUCGCGUACGCCCGGCACCCCGACCCGGCAAAACUCCCGACGUUCGGAAGGAGGCGGGGACCGGGGAGAGAAGUGUGAGCGUGGUGACGCAGGGAUAGGGGGCAGCGGGAGCGUGCUACAGAGGAAGGGCUCGGGCAAAGACAAGACCAGACUCCUUUCCUCCAACGGGACACAGUCUCAGCCCUGAGGGAACAUUCUGGAAACAGACAUCAACAGAACAAGAUAGGGCAGACCGUUAGAGAGGGAUGACAUUAGAGAACAACACAGACAAAACCCCCUCAGACAACCACUACCGACAUCACCACUACCACCGUCACAUCUACCGAACCACCUGACCCAGCAAUCAUCAUCACAAACCACUGCUUCAACCUGAAACGGGCCCGACCAGAUAGUUGGCCACCAAGAUAGAAGAAAGAAAAGAGAGGACGAGAGGAAAACGCAGUGUCACUCAUGGACUUGCUUCAGAAGAGAAGCCAAGAUCAGAAAAAUGUCUAAGUGUACAUUUGAAGUACAACACAUCAUGCAACUGUCAACAACAAUAUGGAGCCAGUAAAAUAAUCAGGAAGACUUAUAUGGGGAAAGGCAGGCUCUGAAUGGUUAAAGGAUAAAUAGAUUUUU